AAGAUACCGAUAAUGGACAAUCCAUACUCGAUUAAAUUCACAUUUGUAAACCCAAAUUUAUGUAAAUGUUGGAGCGUAUUAGCAUUUACAGAAAGUUGAGAAUACGUAUAAACAAUGGUUAAAUUCGAUUGGCAGGUUAUUUCUUAACAACAAAAUAACUUAAAACAUUAAUAAUUUAGAAAUAUUCUAUUUUGAUAGUAUUUAGUUUAAACAAUAAGUAUAUUUAUUUUUUCUAAAUUUUCUAAAUAUGUUAGAGAAAACUCAUAUUAACGGUCACAUUUUAUUUAACGUUAAACUGCAUUAAUUAAUUUCUUAUGUUCACUUGAAAAUACGUUUAUGUUUGUGUUUGAGUGUUUAAUCUCUUAUAAAUAUGAGACAAAAUUUCAUUCUAAAAUACCAGAUACAAACAUUUUAAUAUAUUAUAUUAAUAACAUUUGCGACUUAUUUCGAAAACAUUGGCACAAUGGCUCACACUUCUUCCCGAACUACUAUCGUAUUCAUUGUUGUUGCUUUGAUUUGUGCGUUCGUUCCUGCAUUCUCUGUUGAAGAAGCUGAAGCAAAAUCACUAUGGGAUACCUGUCUUCUUAAAAUCAGUCCAAAAUGUGCGUUGGAUAUAAUUGGUGUUGUCUUUGAAAAUUUAACCAUCACUGAUGCAUGUUGUCAUGAUCUUGUACAAGAAGGAAAAAUGUGUCACGAUACUCUUAUCAAAUAUAUUGCUGAGAAGCCGCAUUUAGUUGCCCACGAAACAGAGUAUUUGAAGAAAAGUGAUGAUUUGUGGACUCAUUGUGUCUCAGUUUUGCAAACUGCUUAAAAAUAUGUUAUGCUUGUAUUGAUCUACAAAUUUUUUAUUUAACUAUCGUUAAAUUUUAUUUGAUCAAAAAUCGUGGAUCAAACAGUAUGCAAUAUAAAGCGACCAUCAAGUGAAUCUCAUUCUAAAUGAAUCAAUACAUAUAUUAACUCAAUUGAAAAACAAUGUGCUAACCAUACAAGAUUGUUAAACUAAUAACAAGACAUAUAUGAAUAAUUUCAAACAAUAUUGCUUAAUUACUUUGACUUAACUUAUCUUUAAUUUUAAAAAUUAAUUUUCCUCUACGAUUUCAAUCAUUAUUUUUACAUACACUGAAAAUUAUCUUGGAUAAUUUAAAACAAGGAGCAAAGAAAAUAUCUAAUGUUUCACCUUCGAAACCUUUGAGUUUAGUAGUACAUGCUAAUAUAAUGGCUUGGAAAAAAAAACUAUUUUGAAUACUCAUGUUGUCGACGAUUUUGUAAAUACGAUCAUUUACAAAGAACACAAUGAGACUGGAUGUAAUCACAAAAAAGAACAAUAUCCUAUGACUAGUAAGUAGAUAAUAACUUAUGCCAAUGAUAUUAGGAUGGAGCGUAUGGAUUUGAGUUUUAAAUCCAUCAUAAAAGUUUUGGAAACAAAAUUAUACACAUUUUUUGUUUCAUUUAUUACAAUUUGUAGAUUUGGGUUCAGAAUUUUUAAUACAUUACAACCCUUUAAUUUUUGCAAAUUAAUUGUUUAACUCUAAUAUUGUUUUUCGCCAGUUCCAGUUUCUUUUCUAAGAAAUUAUAUCUACAUAAUGUGUAUACUGGUUAUGGUUUAGCUAUAUAAUUUCUUCUAGUAGUAAAUUCUUA